UUGGACGCGCGUGCUCGGGACUCAAGUCGGCACGUGUAUCGGCGCGCGUGCUUGCGUCGGGAGAGAGAAGGAGAAAAGGAGAUAGAGAGGUGGAUGAGACCUGAGUUAUUCCUAGUCUACUGUCGCUCGUACUGCUGAGGGACAGAAGGUCUGGAGGACUGUGGGACAGAGGGACAGAGCAGUCAUGCAGUCGAUAGAAAGCGCAUCAUCUCAGGCAUCACCCGACUCUCUAACCUUCGGUGAUGAAGACUCGGAGGUCUUCCUGUCCGAGGACGAGAGGUCAGAAGUCACCGGAGGUCCCAGUAGAUCUGCAUUGUCCUCGUGUUCGCCAGCACUGGUGUGGAGCAGCACCGAGCGUGAGCAUGAGAAGGAGAACAAGACCCUCGGAGGCACACCAGGAGAUCUGCAGUUCGCCCAGAAAUGUUUGGCGCUUCAAGGUUUCAUUCGGCCGCUUUUGGAACUUUUGACUGGACUUAAAAAGGGACGAUUUGACAAAGGUCUUAGCAGCUUCCAGCAGAGCGUGGCCAUGGACCGAAUCCGGAGGAUCGUGGGGUUGCUGCAGAAGCCACACAUCGGAGAGAAGUAUUUGCGCACUCUGCUGCAGGUGGAGAUGAUGCUAAAGCUCUGGUUCCCUCAAGUGAGCCUUCAGCUUCUAGGAACACGUGUAUCUACUCAUCACACUGCACCGAGCUCCUCCAGCAGCAGCAUGCCUCCACACAAGAGGAAGGACCAACUGCACAUUCCAGUUAAGAAACGAAGACUACGCUGGACAGAUCCGUGCUCCUCCCCGACUCCAUCCCUCACUCCUGUUCCAUGUAAGUGCUUCCACAUAAAAGGUCAGGAGAACGCAGAACCGAGCCCGGGUUUGUCUCCGAGCUCCGCGCUCGCACGCCACCCAGAGCAAUCCGAGUGCGUCAGUAAAGAGAAAUCGGGAUCCGAAGUUCUGCACGGGGCUGAACCAGGUCUCACGUGGAUCCACGUCGCCCCGAUCUUUUCUCCACCCAUGUCUUGUCCCUCCCUUACCGUGAGAGAAGGCGGAGCCAAAGACAUGAGAAAUAGCCCACUUCUACCUCCACCUUCUCCCCCCGGCAGCAGGUGCAGUCCAGCAACGCAGGACAACUCCAUCACCUCGACCACGCCCUGCUCUGAGCCGGAGACGCAAAUCCAGACGGAGGGGCGGAGCCCGUCUCAGCCAAUCACAGAGCAGCUUUUGAAGCGAUUACAAACGUAACGUCGAACACGUUAGAGACUCAUUUUUGGAAAAUCCGAGGCCCUUAAAUAUCAGCGACGUGUGUGUGUUUGUGUGUGUGUGUGUGUGUGUGUGUGUGUGUGUGUGUGUGUCCUUUACAGGAACUUGUCUGUACGUAUUUAAGUUUACCUCAUCGGCCGACUGGUUCAUCGAAAGCUGGACGAAAGCUUUAUUUAUUUCGUUUGAUUUAGAACCAGACGUGUUUUUUAUCCACCAGAACCACGACGACACCACACACAGAACCACGGCUUUCCUGUGUGUAAAAUCUGGUCUUGUUUGUUUCAGAAAGAAGCUCAUAGGAGAGGACGACUACAAAAGCCACAAAGUUUAAUAGCAGUGUUAUGAAAUCCUUUCAACCGUCGCUCUAGCUCCUUAGGGCUCUUCAGGGCUCCUCAGGGUUCUUCCUACUGUAAUGAUUAACGUGUAAAAAAGCCCGGAACGCUCAGAAGUUGAUUUAGCAGCAGACUCGUCCUCCUAACGGCACGUCACGUACGCGAUGUGGACACCUGACCUCUUUUUGAACAUCGAGAAGGUCGAAAUCCAGCCCUCAAGCAGAAGAUCUUCAUCAUCCAACCCACAGAAAGCAGAUCUUCAUGGUGCACAGUUUUCAGAACCAUUUCUCAUACACUAUAUGGACAAAACCCAAAUCCAUGAAGAUCUGUUUUCCUGUAAUUUCUUUGAAAUUCCAGGGAUAAAUGGCAUCUGUUUUUUUUCACUUUGAAACAAAGUAGAAAAAAACGUGAAAACGUCCCGUCGUUCUUCACACUUUUCACGUGAGGAACGACGGGGCGUUUUCAAGGUCGCGUUCGGAUCAUAAAGCGGAAGAUUCUCGGUCGAUCUCGGGGUCUUCUCACGUCCAGGUUCUUCUCUACAGUCACGUCAACGCAACAAGAGGUUUCAGAAGAAGAAGUAAAAACAAAAACUGGUGGGGGUUAUGGUGCGUUUCUGGAGGAAUGGAUUUCUUGAACCAGGGAUGAUGUUCUUCUCUCCUUCACGCAGCGCAUCAAGAUUCCGUGGAGCUUCGAGGAUUUUGGAGAAGUUAAAGAGCAGAUUGUUAAAACGUAUGUAGACAAAAGCAAAGAUCAGACGCGUUCAAGCGAAGAACGAAGGGACUCAAGAGCACGUGGAGAAACGUGAAGAAGUUUCUGCAAAGCGCCAAGAAAACGCCAAUGAAGUUCUUCAAAAAAAAAGUUGUAGAAAUGCGGCGGGUGAAAAGGAAGAGUUGUGCAGAUGAAGGUUCAGCUCUUUAUUUAUUCUUUUUGCAUUUUUUUUUUUUUUUUUUCAAUUAUUAUUUAUUUAUAUGAACUCCAAAGCAGGAAGUUUCUAGAAGAGGAGGAACUGGAAUACGAAUGGAAAGAAAGCAAAAGGAAACCUGUGCCUUUUCAUAAAACAGGAUACGUCCGUGCACUUUGUUUAUUAUGGGCGUGUUUACUUUUACACACAUCUGCUUUAGAGUCCACUAGAACAUUGGAGAAUCGUGUAGUUCACAGCAUUUAUUCGUUUUUUUCUGCAGUCCAAAUGUUUGGUUCCCGUCUUCUCUUCAUUUGAUUCGAUUGUCCACCUUUUCACGAUUUUCUACACAAUUUUAUAACAAAGCGUUUUUGCACUUUUCAUCCUCACUUCAGUUCCACUCGCUUCAUCCGUCUUUUCUUUGUGUGGUGUGUUUUUUUGUUUGGGUUUCUACUUUUUCUCAGUCUUUUAAUAAACAAUCUCUUUGGGAGAUGAUGUUCUGUAA